AAAUCCGCUUUCGAGUACGGUUUCAUCUCAUAAUAUGUAAACAAUCUCUCUUUAAAAUGAUUGUUUAUAUAUAAAAGCGUUUUGUUUUACUCUCAUGCCAAGGAAACAUGUCAUCAACGCAAGAAACUCUCUUCUCGCUGGAACUGGUGAUCGAUUACGUUCGCUUUGACGGUUCACGUGGCAAUGUUUUGGAUCCUGCAGUGGCUGUUCGCUUCUUAGAUUUCCCCACACUGCUGAUACACCAAUCAAAACAAGACGAUCUUCCAUCUAAAUCAGGAUACGCUGAUCUGUGUCUGUCUCCUGAGGCUUUAUCUGAACCAGAUGAUGAAGAACAUGUUAAGUAUUCCUUCCAUAGAGGCAAAUCGUGUCUUUUUAAAAUCAGUUUGCACUCGUUACACACUCAUCUCCUAAACACGCCUCUGUACGCAAUGGUGUUGGAUGUAAAAGAUGAGAUUCCCAAACUUAUAGGAAGCUCGUUGAUUUCCCUCGCUAAAGUGACGGAGAAAAUCAAAGUGGAUGUUGAAAAACACGGUAUUGGCAACCCAUCCGCUUAUGGAGAGAGACUGAUCACCCCAGUAUGCAAUCUCAUGGGGAACAGCAUUGGUGUUAUUUCUCUGGCUUUUAAGAUUGUAAGUCUAGGAGCUCAUUUAAUUCCUCACAUCUCAGAAAACAGAGUUUAUGAGGUUGGUGUGACCCGUGGAAAAGGAGAAGAACACCCAUCAGUGCAUGCAAAAUGUCCUGAAAAGGAUGAGAUGCCACCAAAAGUGUCUGAGAACCAUUCUGGGAAUGUGCUUUUACAACAAAUAAGCCUUGAUGGAGAAUCUGCUGAUGUAGUGAUAUCAGAAGCAAAGCAACCAGGUGUUCCAGCCUUUACUCAAACUGAACCAGCAAAACGGAGAGUGUCAUGGUCUGAAGAUGCACAGGAAUACACCACAUUCUGCCCUCCACCUCUGUUUUACAGCUCCAGCGUCAAGAACCGACAGGAGAGUAAAAGUUUUACAGGGCUACUUGCGGAAAUGGAGAGCCUUAAUAUAGAAGAUCCAGAAGAUGUAAACAGUGAAGUAGAAUCAUCUGACCUGCAUGAUUUUCCUGUAAAGGUGAACAGAUCGAAUAAGUUAAUUUCAACUCCAAAGACACCACCUAAAGAGACAGACUCAGAUCCAUUUGGGCAUGUUAUCAGACAGUUACCCCUGCUGAACGCUUUACUAGUUGAACUCUCACAGCUGAACGUCCAGACGGCACAGCAGCCCUUAUCAGUUCAUCCUAACCUGGCGUGGUUGUACACAUCAGCACAGGAGCCAUCAGGAGCAAAACCUAAAGCUGAGAAUCAGAAAACAAGCCCUAAACAGAAACUUGAUCAAUGCAAGAUGAACGCAAUAAAAAGUGCAAAGAAAAACAAAGAAAAGUUGCAACCUAAGAGGACGCUUAAAUACGGCUUGACGAACACUUUUCGUCUCAGACUCAAACUGGUCAAACCAGGUACCAAACGGCACGAAUGCAUCGAAUACCAAGAUGCAAAACAGGACCGGCCUUCAUCAUCUGAGCAUAAACGUGUUCGUAAGGCAGUUAGCAGAGGUGUACAUUUAGAUGAAACUGUUAAAACAUUAAUAAGCAGUUUUGAAAAUCACACACCGACGGCAAUUGAAACUCCAUCAAAAUCACAAAGAUCAAGUGUUGGAAAACAUAUCACAGAUCUGCCACCUGAGAAAGACAAAAAAGUUCAAGUUCACAUUCCAAGUCAGAAUUCAGACCACAGUGACCAGCAUUCAACUUCAUCUAUUCAUGAUUCACAUCUCGGCUUCCAGAGAGGAGAUAGUCGAGCAAGCGGUCGUCCUUGCAGGACCAGCCUAAGUAACGGCUCCUUCCAACAUGAAGAGUAUCAGGAUGACUUCACAAGCCUAAACACAACCGACGGAUACUCACCCGACCCGUUCAGCAGCCCAGAACCAAGCAGACGUAAAAGAAACAGCGUUUCGAGCACUUCAAGUUCCUCUCAUCCAAGUAAAGCUCUACCUGUUCCUGUCAAAGCAGAGACCUCUCCACAACGCUCUCUCAAAAACACUCACGUCAUCCGGCCGCGUCUUCAGACCUCGGCUCUGAGUCUGUAUUCGGAUGAGAGUGAGUUUGAGUCUGGACGUCACAGGCCUGGAUCGCAGAGCAGUGGACAAAAGACUCCAUCUGUGCGCAGGACAUUUGGAAAGUCGGGGAGCUUUGACAGUGACCCGGGUGAUAAGGGCAUGACAUUUAGCCGGGUGUCAGAGGACUCAGAUUUAGCCGCUAAUAACCCGUUGCAAAAGUCCAUUUCAUCAUCACAGCAGACGGAUGCUGAAGAGGAACGGGACAAACUGGGCUCUCUGGGACUGGACAGGAAUUACCAUCACAUUUCAGAACUGGUGAUCAACAAACUUCCAGGCUACACGCUGUGAUUUGACAAAUAGUGAAAAUUAGUUAACACCAGAAAUCUGAUUUAUUACUCAAUAUGAAUGUUUUUAUAUACUGUAUUGUUGCAUAGAACUGCAUUUAUUGGCAAGCAGUUAUUUCUGUUUAAACAAAUACAGCUUUUAAUAUGCUGUUGAAUAUUUAAGAGAUUUUAUUAUUAAUUCAUCUGUU